AUGAUGGCUCAGGCAAACCCAAACUUACCAGUCCCCCCUUCAUUUCCAUCUCCUGCUGAAGUCAGAAACAAGUCAAGGGCCUAUUCCAAAGAGAUCUUCAACAGCUGGACCACCCUCCGUGACAUUUUGGCGCGUCGCGAGGAGGCGAUUCGAAAACGCUGGACGAACAAGAGAAGAGAACAACGCCAGAAAAUUCUCUUGGCCGCUUGGCCAGGCAUGCCCGAGCGACACCGCCCAGAUUUUCACGAGCUUGGGAAGACCGGAUCCCGUGCUGCGUCAAGAAACAUCGAAGCUUUCAAAUAUCCCCAUGUCAACCAGGAAGAUCUUCUCCAAGGAAGAGCAUUGUUAUUCUUUUUGAAUUCACGAGGUCGAAACCCACCCCAUACCUUUGCCCACGUCGAUCUCGACGCAACGCAUGUUGGACAGACCAGCAAGAUGAUCAUGCCGGUAUUCCUCAACGAAUACACCAUGUACAUCGCUGGCGAAUCAGAUCCAGAUAGCUACGGUCGCCUGGUUAGCUGGGACGAUGACGACGACGCAUUCAUGCUGAUGCACAAUUGUCUCCAGUUCCACCCGGGGACGGGGCUUCUUGUUUUGGAGAUCCAGAGCAAGAUCUAUUCUUUCCUUCUCGAAUGCUGCUUCCAACUCUUCCACGAUGUUCCGCGAGACGAGCUGGCCAGCGUACAACUUCCUGAGCAACCUGAGCCACCAUCGAUCGUUGCUUCUGGGACCUCCUAUGCACAACUUUCUUCAGUGGCAGCAGAAGCGCCAUAUAGACUGCCGGCCAAGCUUGAUACGCACAGGCUUGUGCUCCUGGUAGAGGCCAAGCGAGCUGCUGCUGAAGACCAUGUUUGGGAUCUUCGGGAAGAUCCAGGCUAUUUCGCAUCGGUGGCUGUUGAUCAAGCGCAGCAUCGCCAGGAAAGCCUUCUCGACACGCGAGGCCAACGCCAUUCACACGACGACGACGAAGCCUUCUGGAACCGAGUCAUAAGAGGCGUAGCGGUCGAUGCUUACAUGUCGUUUCUCAGUUGGGAUGUGCUUUACCACUACGCAGUCAAUCUAGACGAUGCAUUCAAAUCUGCGGGAACUCUCGACCACGAUCAACCUCUGCCUAAGAAGCUCGAGGCCGCCCUGGUGGAGUUAUGCUUCGCCACCGGGAUGACCUCGAAGGGUCUGAUUGGAGAGUUGAAAUACAGCGUGCCAGCUUCGCCACCGAUGCGCGAGCGCUUUGUUCGAGAACCCCAACAACCUGGAACCACCGUCGUGCGAACCAAGACGAAACAGGAUGUUGGCAAGGAUCCCUUACUACAGCUCUUCAGCAUGCUAUGGGACGACAACCAGGUGUUCUUAGUGCAGCUUCCCAACCUCGUAGAUGAGUUGCAGCGAUGCGUCGACCACGACCCUGGUCAGAAGGGCAGAAUGUCGUCCUGCGUCGCCGCGUACUUCUCGGACCUGGCCCUCAUUGCACAAAUCGUCAGGCAGGUAAAGACCUUCUUUCCGUGGGCCGCGGGUUUGGAACUAGAGAUGAGCCCAGAGAAGCGAGGUCCAGGCUACACCAAAGCCACGGAAGAUGCGGCAACUGUCUUUGGAUUGUUCCGUGAAGACAUUGCUCCGAAUCUUGCGCACAUCGUCGUCCCACUCUCAAGACACUUGAAAUAUCCCAUCGAAAAGGCCGACAACGUGACAAACGUGAAUGCCUGCCGCCAAGCCGAAGAUCGGCUGGACAGAUUGUGGAAGGUCGUCGAUGCGCAUUUUCGAAAACACACCAGCAAGACACUUCAUGAGAUAUUCCUCGGUCGCGAUGUGGAAGCUCGAGAGAUCCGUCGCACGGCAGAAUGGACACCCUCACCAGCGCCUAACAAGGGGAAAGAAAUUGAAGCUCCUAGCGACUCAUUUUCCCGCCUUGAGAUCGGAUUCGAACUCGACAAACCAGGCAAAUUCAAAGAAGGACCCGAAGGAUUUCGAGCAUCCAAGGUCAAAACCCGCGGCCCAUCGCACCCGCCGCCCGAUUUUAGUGAUGGAACACCACCUGUACCCAUCGACGAUCCGACUUCCCUUUCGACGCCCCCCUUGCCAGUCUUCACCCUCCGAAGCCGCGCAUACAAAGUCUUCGCCUCUCUCUUCCCGACACCCUCCAACCCCUUCCAGGACGGCGGCGAGAUCCACUGGACGGAUUUCCUCCACGCGAUGACGAGCAUUGGCUUUGCAGCGGAAAAGCUAUACGGCUCCGUAUGGCAAUUCACCCCGCCGGAUGGAAUAGAUGGGGAAAACACUCGGGGAAUUCAUAUCCACGAACCGCAUCCAACGCCGAAGAUGGGGCUCGGCACGGCGAGACGGGUCGGGAGGCGACUGGGACGGAGGUAUGGACUUGGCGCGGAGAGGUUCGCUUUGGCGUGA